UGAUGAUUGAAACUUGAAAAUGUAAUGCUUUGCUUUCUCUUCUUUUUUUUGUAUGAAUCAGUAUUAGUAAAUGAAAUAAAUUGCAAUGAACUUAGUCACAAAAUAUAUGUCAUAUUGUCUUAUUCUGAAUGUAAUGAUGAUGAUGAUGAUUUCAUACAUCAAUUAAAUCCUUGCCAACAAUUAACAACGAAACCACACGAAAAAAAAUUCAUAAAAAUCAACACGUGUCAAUGGAUCAACCGUCAGUUAUAUUAGAAUAGCAACAACUAUUUUAUCGACUUAAGAACAUGCAAAUUUUUUUGUUGGCUGAUUUCCAUAUUCAAAUCAAGUCAAUCGUAUAUUAUAUGAAUAAUUAUUGUGCAAAUUUCGUGAAAUCAAUUUUCUAUUCUCAACAGAAUAUUCUCGACAUUUCGAAAGCAGAACAAAAAAAAAAAAUUAUUUUGUUGGCUGCUAUAAUCACACAACCCAAAAACUCAACUCAACUCAACUGAACUCAACACGACAAAUAAAAAUGAAAAUCAUCACUCAUUUGAAUAAAUGUAUUGACAUUCAACAACAAAUUCAUUACUAAUUUUUUUAUUUAUUUGUGUCUCAAAUAUGGAUCUAAACACCCUGAAGAAAUAACAAAAAAAAAUCUUUAUUUAGCUCAAGUCUUGUGUACAAAAUUUUUUGCCAUUCUCUUUGGUCUUUUAAUUACAACAACAAUAAUAAUAAUUGUUGAUGAUAGAGUUGGCGCCUACAUAUUUUUCUAAUAGUUGAUCCAAUUUUUUUUUGUUUUAGUUUUUGUUUUUGUUUUGUUUUGUUUCACAACAUUCGUCAUUUAUUCAUCCUGUUGACUGUCGAAUUUGAUUGAGUGUAAUCACGACGGGUGUGUAUAUCUGUAUGUAUGUAUGAAUGACAAGACAACACGACAAUGUCCAUACAACAAAAAUCAUUGUUCAUAUCGAUGAUUAUAUCGGUAUUUAUAAUUUUACCACAAUCAACAAAAUCCACAGUCUGUCCACCACGUGAUAUAAUAAUACCAUGUAAAUGUGCCAAUUAUUUUAAUCUUAUUGAAUGUACAAAUAUAACAUCGGAUAUUGAUUUGAAAAAAAUAUUCAUCAAUCUAAAGAAUGAAUUAAAUCGACAACAUGCAAGACCGGUUUAUGAUGAAUUGAAAUUGGUACAAACACAAUUGACACAUAUUGGAUCGAUUGAUGAUAUUUUUUCCGGCAUUUCAUUUCGACGUAUUUCAUUGUCACGUAAUAAUCGAUUGAAACGUAUUGAACCAAAUGCAUUCGAUUCAUCACGUAAUAUUACGACAGAAAUUAUGAUUGAAGAUAAUGAAUUAUUGGGCGCAAAUCAUGAUGAUAAUGUUGCAUUAUUCGAUACUAUCAGUCGAUUUGUUGCACUAAAUACAUUACAUUUAACCGAUAAUGGCAUACGAUUCAUACCAAAACAUGCAUUUAAUCGUUCACAACCAGCAUUACGAGAAUUAUUUCUAACCGAUAAUCAAAUCGAACGUAUUGAAGAUUAUGCAUUCACCGGUUUAAACACUAUACAAUUGAUCAAUUUGGAUGGUAAUCAUCUUAAUAAAUUAUCAUUACAUUCAUUGGAGAUUGAAAACACUACACAAAGUUUGUUACGUAUAUUUUUACGUAGCAAUAAAAUACAAACGGAUGCAUUACCACCUGGUAUAUUCACUCACCUAAGGCGAAGAAUCUACUUAAAUAUGAAUAUCAAUGAUUUGUCAAGGAUUCCACAAAAUGUAUUUCAAAGUUUUUUUAAACGUCGUUCAAUAUUAUCGGUUGCAAAGAAUCCGCUCAAAUGUGACUGUGAUUUUAAAUGGCUUUUGGAUCAAGGUAUUGUUUAUAAUUCAUCAAAUCCAGAUGGUGAUUAUCUCUUACGAGAUUAUCGAUGCAUUUUAGAUAAUGAUGAUCGAAUUAUUGAUGAAGUAAAUUAUAAUGAUUUUAAUCAUUGUCCAGUAUCAUCAAUGGCACAAACAUUGGAACAAUGUCUUGCUCAAGCAUCAGAUCAGGAACAGGAAUUAUUCUGUUUGAAUCGUUGUAAUGUAAAUGACCUUUAUUUAGGCCGCACAAUUCUUGUCAUUACAUUUUUCAUUUGUUUUCAAAAAUUAUUUUUU